CUUUUUGUCGGCGAAACGAGAGACAUCCGGGAACCGUGGUGAGGCCGAGCUCCAUUGCAGAUGCGUCGUUGGUCGCUCGCUGCUGCGCCGCAGACUUGCAGUAUUCGGACGUCGGUGGAAGAGGUCCACCUCAGUCGCCACCAUUUCUCCGGAGAUUGAACGCCGACCGUGUUUCUCAGCACGCAACAGCACUGGUCAACAGUUUUAUAUGACGUCUUUAUUUUGGUGGAUCGAAUUCUUGGGACGAGGCAAUCCAGCAAACUACCGGCAACAGAUAGAGCCUAGCAGCUGCACCCUUGAGCCGGACAGGUUUAUGCAUUUCCGGGGGACCCUGACCACCACCACUGGCCGUCUUCACGCUAAACGAGAAGACAGGAGAACAAACACACUUUGUAAUGCAAUUAACAGUUAACCUUCAUAUCCUACCACGGAAUAAUUAGACUGUCCCCGGAUAAACCCCGCCAAAGAUUGCAGCCGUUCCAGUCCUGACUUGUCUUUUCUCUCUCUCUCUCUUUCUCAACACUUAACUCUCGCUCUUCCUCCUUGUUCAUCUGAACUUUCCCACCGAAGCCGAGCUCUGUCCCGUCUAGUCUCCCUCCUCAUCCAAACUGCCGCCUCUGCGCCAAAGGGUCGGCCGUGUCGCCACGUGUGUCCCCUCUUCAUCUCCUGCGUGGUCGCGAGUCAUUGUUGACUCGUGUCGUGUGACAGCAACCCUGUCUGCCCGGUCGUGCAACCCUGUCUCCCUAUCCUCCCUCCCUCGACAUCGCCGCCUCGACCUACUUCGGGGCCCCUAGCUCACAUUCGCUGCCCCUUCUCGUCGUCGUCGUGGGUGUCCUCGCCGACUCCCCCUCCCCCUCUCUGCGGAGUCUGCUGCCCUGUCCCAAUCUCUGACCAUUAGGUGUCGCCGUACAGCCGCCGGUUGUCAGAGGUUAAGUGUCGUCACUGAGGCUUUGAGCGUCGUCUUCGGUUCCUGCUUUUGCCGUCUAUUGAGAGGCACUCAUUUGAUCCUCCACAAACCAACACCAUGGGGAGCGUCAACGUCAACCGGAGCCUGACGGACCAGUUCUACCGCUACAAGAUGCCGAAGAUCAUUGCCAAGGUGGAGGGCAAAGGCAACGGCAUCAAGACUGUGCUGGUCAACAUGACCGAGGUGGCCAAGGCCCUGAACCGGCCGCCCACCUACCCGACCAAGUACUUCGGCUGCGAGCUGGGCGCCCAGACUCAGCUGGAUGCCAAGAAUGACCGCUACAUUGUCAACGGGGCCCACGAGGCGGCCAAGCUGCAGGACAUCCUGGACGGGUUCAUCCGCCGCUACGUCCUCUGCGCCUCGUGCGACAACCCGGAGACGGUGCUGGGCGUCCUUCAGCGCAAGGGUGUCAUCACCACCAAGUGCCGGGCCUGUGGCCACUCGGGCACCCUCGACGGUGCCCACAAGCUGAACACGUUCAUCCUCAAGAAUCCACCGCCCACGCAGGAGGGUCCCAAGGGCUCCCAGGCAGCAGCUGUGGCGGCAGCUACUGCCGCCGCCAAGGACGCUGGGGCCGCCAAGGGCAAGACCAAACGCAGGUCUCGCGAUGAGCGCCGCUCGACCACCGAUGCCUCCGGCAAGCUGCAGAACGGCAGCGGUGGCGAGGACGGCUCCCAGCAGCAGGAGUCCGACCCGCAGGAUGACGACUGGGGCGACGACGUCGAUGACGACUGGGCCGAGGACACCAGUGAGGCCGCCAAGGCUCGUCGGCUGGAGGCCUUGACAGCCGGUGCCAAGGGUCUGAUGUUGGACGACGACCUGGAGAAGACGGAGCAGGAGCGCAUGGACAUCUUCUACAACUAUGUCAAGGCCCGCAAGGGGUCCGGCCUGGAUGGCAAGGAGGUGGUGGGCGAGGCCGAGCGCCUGGAGGUUCGGGACAAGGCCCCCCUCGUGCUGUGCGAGCUGCUCUUCGACGAGAACAUCCUGGGCCAGGUGGCGGGACAGCGGGCCCUGCUGCUGCGCUUCACCCACGGAAACCACCGGGCACAGCGGUAUCUCCUCGGGGGCAUCGAGCAGGUGGUGAGGGAGUACAGCGCAGCCCUGCUGCCGCGAGUGCCGCACCUGUUGAAGCUGCUCUACGACCAGGACAUAGUGGAGGAAGAGGUGCUCCUGGACUGGUCCAAGCGUGUCUCCAAGAAGUACGUGAGCCGCGAAGUGGCCCAAGAGAUCCACGACCGGGCACGCCCUUUCAUCAAGUGGCUCCAGGAGGCCGAAGAAGAGGAGAGCUCCUCCGAGGGCGACGGGGACGACUCCCAGGACGAGAACGUCGAGGUGGUCUACUCGGACCGUCACAUCAGCACCAGCAUCCAGGAGGUGAAGGAACAGCCCAAGGCACCACCUGCCAACAAGGCCGCACCGGCCAAGGGGGCAGACGAGGACGACAUCGACAUCGACGCCAUCUAGGAGGCGGCCACAUUUCUUUUCUCUCUCCCUGUCCGCUUCCGUCGUGCGCAGCGACGUUGCUGUCUGUCCGGCUUGUUUGCUACCCCCCUCACACCUGUUUUACGGAGUCUUCCCUGCUUCCUGUGUAAGGCGGUGCAUCUUGCUGGCGCAGUGACGACAUGCUACUUGGGCUGGCUCCCUCAAACCUUCCCGCCUUUUUAUUUUAACCUUUCCUCUAUGUGCAUGCCUUUUUUUUUUGCCAGCCACUUCUCUGUUCCCAGUCGUUGUGUCAAUGACCUCUAUCUAUCUCUCUCUCUCCGCUUCUGCACAAACCCUCCCAGUCUGUGAACUUUGUGGAGAAGUGUUUUCUUUCUCGCAUUCUGUCUCGUGUGCGGGAGUAAAGACAAGGCAAAACUUGAGCAGCUCACUUUCCCCCCUCGGUAUGAUUUGGCGCGCCCUACAAAAGAAAAGGGAACAUGGUCGCUUGCUUGGCAAGAAAUGGUCUGUGGCACUUAGUGAUUAGGGAAAGCAGCGAAGCAAUGAACCUUGGCCUCUCUUGGAAUACUAGGGGAGAGGGGGGAUUCGAAAAAGAAAACAAAAAGAAAAUGCGGGGUUUUAAUCUAAAAUUUGGCAACCAGGCUGAUAUCUCUCGGGAGUGGGCAUCUUUUUUAGUUGUACAACACAGAGAACAUGAUCAAGAAUUGUCAGGGGAGAAAACGAAGGCAAAAGACAAAAAAAAAAAAAGAUUUGGUGCUAUUGCAUGGCAAAUUUGUUUUCUAAUUCUUUACCUCUAUAUAUGCCUUCUUUAUUUUAAUAAAAAAAAUGUAUUUGAUUUCUUGUUUCGGACGUGUCCACUUUUUGUCCGCAACAGAGAAUAAGCUGAACGCUCUUUGUGCAAUUGCAAAAAAAAAGUCUUCUUUCUUCGUCCCCCAAGUAAAUUUGUGUAUGUGGUAUGGAGAAUUUCAUGUUACAAAUAAAGUUUAUUCACACCACUUU